AUGGCAGAAGAGGCACCAGCUCCCGCCGCCGCACCGGCAAAAGCGCCUAAAAAGAAGGCAGCAGUCAAGCCAAGAAAAGCGGGGCCCAGCGUUGGCGAACUCAUUGUGAAGGCUGUGUCAGCUUCUAAAGAGCGGAGCGGGGUAUCUUUGGCUGCUUUAAAGAAAUCUCUGGCUGCCGGCGGAUACGAUGUGGAGAAGAACAACUCUCGCGUCAAACUUGCAGUUAAGAGCCUUGUCACCAAGGGUACUCUUGUGCAAACUAAAGGAACUGGCGCAUCUGGCUCUUUCAAGUUGAACAAGAAAAAGGCAGAGGCACCCAAGAAGAAGCCUGCAAAGAAAGCCGCUCCGAAAGCCAAGAAACCGGCAGCUAAGAAGCCUGCUGCCGCUAAGAAGCCCAAGAAGGCAGCGGCAAAGAAGCCAGCUGCGGCUAAGAAGUCUCCCAAGAAGGCGAAAAAGCCAGCUGUUGCUCCUAAGAAAGCCGCCAAGAGCCCCAAAAAGACCAAGAAGCCCGCAGCGCCUAAGAAGGCGGCCAAAAGCCCCAAGAAAGCCAAGGCAGCCAAGCCUAAAGCAGCUAAACCGAAAGCAGCCAAGGCGAAGAAGGCUGCUCCUAAAAAGAAAUAA